AUGUCGAAACCGGAGAAGAAGCUGGCCGAGUACAUGAUGAAGCAGAAGGCAUUGAUGGUGGUUCAUGAAUCCGUGGAAGGCUUUAUCAAAAGGUACAACGAUGAGCAGGACGUCUACCAGAUUCCGAUCCGCCUUGAGUUUUUGGACCGUGUCUACAUGGAGUUCCAAGAGAUCCAGGCGGAAAUUGAGAAGUUUGAUUCUCCCGAGAUGUUUGACGAGCAUUUGCAAGAGCGAGCUGCAUUCGAGACGAGAUUCUGCAAGGCCAAAGGAUUCCUCUUGAUGAAGCGGUCAACCGAUCCAAGUCAAAUAGCGUUGAACUCAUCGAUGAUAGCUAAAUACAGCACGUUUCGUCAGGAUUUCAUCUCCGCGAAGUUACAAUACCUCCUACAAUCUCUCGAGGGAGAAGCUCAUAAGCCAUUCGAGACAGUCGACAUAGAAGCGGACAACUAUGCAUCGACAUGGGACGCUCUGCUGAAACGCUACGACAACAAGCGGUUCCUGAAGCGUCAGCUGUUCCGAGCCUUGUACGAUCUUGCACCACUCAAGAGGGAAUCGCCGAAAGAACUGCACGAUCUUGUUGACGAUUACCAAAGACAUGUGAGGGCACUUUCGAAACUGGGAUACCCCGUUGAUCAACCUACUGAGUUACAAGCUGGAUCCAACGACCCUCUGGGCCUGGGAGGAGAAGACAAGCGGCUUGGAGAAUUAUCCGAUCUGCAGAUCCGCUCCAAUCAGCCCGGCCAAGUCAAGGUGGCCGGUUUCACACAGGUUCCGAAGAAGUUCGUCAAAAUGGUAUCCAAUUCCGCCACGACCGAAUCAAAAUCCUACGCUCCGAGCUGUAUAGCUUGUCCAGAAAGUCACUUCCUGUUCCAAUGUCCAGCAUUCUCGAAGAUGUCCGUUCGCCAGUGCCGUGAGCUACGUACUGGACACCAAGGCAGAAAUUGUACAUCCAAGUACGACUGCCGAAGCUGCCAUCAAAAACACCACACUCUCCUGCACCAGAAUCCAACCGCUCAAUUUUCGUCCACUCCUGUUGCUGUACCUUGUCAACCGUCCCAGCAACCGAAUCCAGCCAUGUCGAACAUCGACGUAGUCCCCGGAUCAGCGAAUCCGAACUCCCAAGUCAGUAUGUCGGCACAUUCGUACCAAUCCACCGUCCUGCUGGAAACGGUUACUCUUUUUGUUGUAGACCAGAACGGCAUGGAGCACUCCGCUUGUGCACUACUCGAUACAGGAUCGAUGUGUAGCUUCAUCACGAAAAAAAAUGGCCAAUACACUCAACCUCCGCCGUGCGAAGGCAGACCUUGCCGUGUUUGGAAUCGGCGAAUCCUCCAACCAAAUCAAGCGCAAAUUGACUGCUACUAUCAAGUCCAGGCUGUCUUCAAAAUUCCAGAAGUUCCAUUAGCCGAUCCAAAAUUCCACGUUCCCGCUGACAUUGAUCUGGUUGUUGGAGGAAAAAUCUAUCACGAGCUGCACACCGGCAGCAAAAUAUCCCUUGGCGAAGGUGAGCCUGUCUUCGUCGAGAUCGUCUUCGGAUGGACUGUUUCCGGGAAAGUACCCAUCCAUGUACCUGGAAUCCAAAAGAUCUGCCAUCUUACCACGGUGGAUCGCAACCUGGAACAAGCCCUACAAAAGUUCUGGGAUCUUGAGGCUGUUGAACAGUGUUCUAUGUUCACCGCUGAAGAAAAUCUCUGUGAAGAAUUGUUUACUACCACCACUCGCGAAUCGUCGGGUCGUUACGUCCUUUCCUUACCACUCACCCGCGAUCCGCUCGUCACUUUAGGUGAAUCUCGAUCAAUUGCCGAACGCCGUUUCCUGAGCCAUGAAAGACGACUUAAGCGAGAUCCAGCCACCAAGGAGCCCUACUGUCGCUUCAUGGAAGAUUACGAACGCCUAAGCCACACGGUGAGACUCGUAGAUCCAGUAGACGAAGCCCAGCCGCACUGCUGCCUUCCGCACCAUCCGGUGUUCAAAGAAUUCAGCACCACCACUAAGAUUCGAGUUGUCUUUGAUGCUUCAUGCAAGACAUCAUCUGGGUUCUCUGUGAACGACCUGCAGUUGGUUGGACCCGUUGUUCAGGAAGAUCUACUGUCGAUCCACAUACGUUUCCGUAGCCACCAGAUUGCACUCGUCGCCGAUGUUGAAAAGAUGUAUCGGCAAAUACUGGUGCAUCCUUCAUUCCGCCGAUAUCAGCUAGUGCUUUGGCGUCCCCAUCCAAGCCAACCGAUCGCUACUUACGAGCUGCAAACUGUGACGUAUGGUUUCGCAUCCGCGCCAUUUUUGGCCACCCGUACCCUCCAACGAAUUGCACAAGACACUUCCGGAGAAUAUCCAGCUGCAGCACCGAAGGUUCAGAAGGAUUUCUACGUGGAUGAUUUCUUCUCUGGAUCUGAUAAUGUUGAAUCCGCCAUCCGAGUCCGCCAAGAAACAUCCGCCAUGUUAGCAUCAGCGGGAUUUCCGUUGAAGAAGUAG